CUGAGCAUUUUGGACUUAGCCACUCAACUGGGGAAGGUGAGAUAUUUGUGGGUGUAACUUCGCUGCCCUCGCUACUGCUGCUCCAACCCAUCUGGGGAAUAAAAUCAACCGUUUCCUUGUUUGUACCUGCCUGAACUCGUGCUUUUUCAGUUCAUGCUCCACUUGGGCAGCACUUGAACAAGAGACCUUGCCCGCCACCCUCUUCAGGGGAAAUCAGUCUCUCAUUUCAUAGCUGGGACCGUGAUGACUCCUGCCAGGCGGUUGCUGUUUUCUCUGCUGCUGUCUGCUUCCCUCACAGCUUUCACUGCGCAGGAACAUGAUGCGGAGCAACCCGUGGUGGACACCAAAUAUGGGAAAGUCCAAGGAAAGCGAGUCUACAUCCAAGGGAUUGACAAACCAAUCGGAGUCUUCCUGGGAAUCCCCUUUGCCAAGCCCCCCCUAGGGGAGCUGAGAUUCGCUCCCCCACAACCAGCUGUGCCCUGGAACUACGUGAAGGAAGCCUUUUCUCACUCACCUAUGUGCAUUCAGGAGCAAAUUGAACACCAACUGCCCUCAGAUCAUUUCGUAGCUGAAAAACAAGAUAUCUCCCUCACAUUUUCAGAAGACUGCUUGUACCUCAAUAUUUACACUCCAUCUGACCUGACGAAGAGCACCAAGUUCCCGGUGAUGGUGUGGAUCCAUGGAGGGGGUUUAGUGGUGGGUGGAGCUUCAACCUAUGAUGGCUCAGCGUUAGCAGCCUUUGAGAACGUGGUGGUGGUGACCAUUCAGUACCGGCUGGGCAUCUUUGGAUUCUUCAGCACUGGAGACGAACAUGCUCAAGGGAACUGGGGCUACUUGGACCAAGUGGCAGCCUUGCAGUGGGUCCAGGAGAACAUCGCCAAUUUUGGAGGAGACCCAGGGUUGGUGACCAUCUUUGGGGAGUCUGCCGGAGCUGUCAGCGUUUCUGCUCUUGUCGUUUCUCCUCUGGCCAAGAACCUCUUCCACCGGGCUAUUUCCGAGAGUGGCUCCGUCCUCACCCAUGUUAUGUUCAACUCUAACAUUAAACCAGUAGCAAAAAAAAUGGCCACCCUCACUGGAUGUAAAACCACCACAUCGGCAUCCAUGGUUCACUGUCUGCGGCAGCGGACGGAGGAGGAGAUCCUGGAAACCACGAGGAAGAUGGAUUUAUUCAAAAUAGACUUACAGGGAGACCCCACGAAGAGCACCCUAUUUGUGGCUGCAGUUGUGGAUGGAGUAUUUUUCCCCAAGAGUCCUGAAGAGCUACUGGCUGAAAAGAAAUUCAAUCCUGUACCCUAUAUCAUCGGAAUAAAUAAUCAUGAAUUUGGCUGGAUACUUCCAACUUUGAUGCAAUAUCCUCUCUCUGAGAACAAGCUAGACCGAGACACUGUAGCUUCAUUACUGUGGAGUUCAUUCCCCGUCACGAACAUCUCUAAGGACCGUGUGCCUGCUGUAGUUGAGGGAUAUCUUGGAGUCACAGAUGACCCUGCCAGAAAUAAACUCCUGUUCCUCGACAUGAUGGGAGACCUGAUGUUUGGAAUCCCGUCUGUUCGAACAGCCCGUUUCCACAGAGCUUCUGGCGCCCCUACCUUCAUGUACGAAUAUCAGCAUCGGCCCAGUUCCUAUGGAUUUAAGCCAGAUUACGUCCAGGCUGACCAUGCAGAUGAGUUGAACUUCGUCUUCGGAGGCCCGGUUAUAGGAGGUGGUGCCUCGGUGGAAGAGAGCAAACUCAGCAGGACAAUGAUGAAAUAUUGGUCCAACUUUGCUCGGAAUGGAAACCCCAAUGGGGAAGGGCUGGUGACCUGGCCUGCCUAUGACCAGAGAGAAGAGUACCUGCAGAUUGGACUCACUCAGAAGGUGGAAGAGAAACUGAAGGACAAGCAAGUGGCAUUCUGGACUGAGAUCAUGAGGGAGGACCACUCGGGGGUGAAGAAAAGGCACACUGAGUUAUAAGCUGACCAAGUCAUGAGGUCAGGUGGAGCCCAGUUUGAAAUGAAUGUAAAAUGUGUUUUUAAUAUCCUGGUAUGGUUUGAACACCAAAUUCUGAAAUGGUCUUAGAUCAAGGUUCCGAAUCCCAAGAUGGCAACUACAGUCCGGCCCAUUGGCUAGUCAUUGAGAGAUGAUCUGCCAAGAGAGGGCAGCCAUGGUACCUUCAGACAUUUCAAAAUGCUUGGAGCCCUGAAACAGAAGCUUGGUUAAUUAUUCAGGCAGAGAAAAGGGGGAAAGUUAGAUCAUGCAAUCAAUAGUAUUUGUUGCGAGCUUAUUGUGUGCACUGUUCUAAGCACUUGGAGAAACUACAAUACAAUAGAUAUAGAACUAAAUGCUUAUAGUUGAUUAAUUAUAAAAAUCACAAUAAAAGCACAAACUUCCAUUAA